AAAGUUUCACCAGUCAGAACAGAAGCACCGGGAGAACUUUGGGUUAGAAAGGGGCAUUACUCAAGAUUUUAGCAAAUUAAUUUAUUUGAAUACUCUUUGUUUUUUGCAUUUUAGACCUUAAAUUUACGUUUGCAGUGUGCAGACGCGCCGAGGGGACAGACAGACGCACGCGCUUCCUAGCUUGAACUGGAGAAUUAAGUGACAUCUUCUGCGUUAGCUGCCGCUUCGUUGUUGGCAUCUUCUCAGCUCUCCCAGAUGCUCAUGGGAAAAAAGUCGACUAAGGGGCGGAUCCUUGGAGCCACCAGAGGAGUGCAGAGGGACAACAUUACAACCGCUGUGCACACUACAGUUUAUCUCUAUAUGGCAGCUUUAUCUGAGUAAACAGCACUGGUUUAUCAGCUUGUUCUGAGGCACUGUGGAGUUCUGUGCGCAGCUAUGGUCCUUUUGUUGGUGUGUUCAACUUUGACCUUUCCGCCGGCGUCACCAUGUUCGAACCACCCACUGUCUUCUACAUCAUCGUGGAGCUUCUGAUUGCAGUUUUCUCCGUUCUGGGAAAUGUUCUAGUUUGCUGGGCUGUGGGUCUCAACUCCAACCUGCAAACCAUCACCAACUUCUUCGUGGUGUCUUUGGCGGUGGCGGACAUUGCCGUGGGGGUCCUCGCCAUCCCAUUCGCCAUAGUGAUAAGCACAGGUUUCUGCUCCAACUUCUACGGCUGUCUGUUCAUUGCGUGCUUCGUGCUGGUGCUGACGCAGAGCUCCAUCUUCAGUCUGCUCGCCAUCGCCAUCGACCGCUACAUCGCCAUCAAGAUACCACUCAGGUACAACAGUUUGGUGACAGGACAGCGCGCCCAGGGUAUCAUCGCCAUCUGCUGGCUGCUUUCUAUAAUCAUUGGCCUGACUCCCAUGAUGGGCUGGCACAAGCCUGAAGAGAGUGAGCCCCCUAUACGUUCAAAGGACCCCUGUCCUCCCGGACAGAUGAACUGCCUUUUUGAGUCUGUGGUUGACAUGAGCUACAUGGUCUACUUCAACUUCUUUGGCUGUGUUUUGGUGCCAUUGCUACUCAUGUUGGGCAUUUACCUGUGCAUCUUUAUGGCAGCACGGCACCAGCUUAAGCUGAUCGAGCUAAAAGUGGUUCAUGGUGAGAAAUCUCGCUCUACACUGCAAAAGGAGGUCCACGCUGCCAAAUCUCUUGCAAUAAUUGUGGGAUUAUUUGCAGUUUGUUGGCUUCCUUUGCACAUCAUCAACUGUUUUACUUUAUUUUGUCCCGGUUGUGCACGCCCAGAUCCUUGGAUUUUAUACUUUGCCAUUCUUCUUUCUCACGGCAACUCUGUGGUCAACCCAUUUAUUUACGCUUACCGCAUCCGAGAGUUUAGGCUAACAUUUCGCAAAAUUAUUCACCGUCAUAUAAUGGGUAAAAAGGAACACAUUGAGAGCAGAGGUAGCCAUCGCAUGUCCAUUCAUCAUAGUAUCAGUGACUCUAUAAGACUCAAGACAAAUGGACAAAUGAAAAGCUUGGAUGUAUUUACAGAACCCAGUAGUAACGGGAAUAACUGUGAGUGCUUAUAUCAAUGUCAUGGCCCCGUGUCAGCACUAGGAGGCGGUCUGGUUUCAGUGGCACACUCCUCUUUGUCCAUCAUCAUCUCCUCUCAGUGUCCUAAAGCCAGCAUAUGUCCCAUAAGAAGCUUCAGUCAAACGCAAGUGAACCAGCACUUAAAACACACAGAGGAGCCUGUUUCUGAAUUUACAGAGGACAAGCAAAUGUCAGUAACCCAUAAUGCAUCACUGCUGGAGUCUGUGAAUAGGCAAGACUGUUUGACUGAGCUGGAGACUGGAUCAUCAUGACAUAUGCACGGGGACCAAAAAAUUGCCUUCUGGACUUUUCCAGAACGCACAGAUUGCCAGUUCACCCCGUAUAUGCAAGAGGAGACAUUUUGAGGACAAGAAAUUGUGCUGAAUCAAGACCAAGAUUGUGGUUGAAAGUAUGCAAAUAUAUGUCUUGUUUUUUUUGUGUGAUUCCCAGUGAAGUGUUAUGGAUAUAUAAAUAAUAAUGGUGCCUGUUUGGAUGGUACAGGUCUUAUGGGAAAUGGCCUUUACCCUGCUUCCUGCCAAAAAUUAACCAGAUGUGAUGUAAAAGCAGCUGUACAACAGGGGAGCAAUAGAAGCAUUGUUUAAACAUUGUGGACAAACUUUUCACUAUUACAGUAUUGUCGAGACUUAUAAUGGACUACAGUGGAUUUAUAUUUAUGGUUUCAGAUUUGCUCCAGGUACUGGUCUGGCUUACGAAAAAUAACCAGAAUUCAUACACAGAUUUGGCUGGACUUGUUUAUAAGAUCACACUGGCAAAUAUGGUUCAUAUUAUUUUAUGUUGAAAAUUUUACAAAAACUGUUCAAAGGUGAUUACAGAGUUUACUUUCAGGGAUACAUGUGAUUAUCUGCACAAAUAAACUAUUGUCUUGCACUGUUCACUGCCCACAAAGGCAUCAA